AUGGACCUUCCGGAUCCGUAUCUGCCUGGUGCUAUCAGCUUAUUUGAACAACUGGAUAAGAAAUUAGUGGUGGUGCUUCGUGAUGGACGGAAGUUAAUUGGUUACUUGAAAUCGAUCGAUCAGUUUGCAAAUUUGAUAUUGGAAGACGUCGUAGAGCGUACUUUUGUUGACAAAUACUACUGUGAUAUCAAUCAAGGAUUUCUUCUGAUACGUGGCGAGAAUGUGGAAAUCGCUGGAGAGAUAGACGAAAGCAUUCCGAUGAUACAUACGCAGGUCUGA